CAGCCGGAAAAACUGAAACAUACGACGCUUUACUUUUCUGGAAUUGUUUUUGUGAGUUUUCUAAAAUGAAAAGAUCGUACAUUCCGGAAAACUAUGUAUUAAAAUCAACCAAUAAAUAAUUGAAGUGCUGGUCAUCCUCGAUGCUUUGAAAAUAAGCAUGAGGAACAACUCCAGACUGCUAUUCCAUUCCGCGAGACUUCCUAUCUGACUUGGCUAAUUCAUUAUUUUCAUGGAUUACUUUUCGAGAUCCUCCUGCCGACCUACUCCGGCUAUCUUCAUACUCUGCCUCACUAUUCUCAAUCUCGUGGCAUUUUCGCGGAUGACCAUUAGAUGUAUGCGUAACAGACAAAAUUCUCCCAGCCGAAGGAUCAAUAUAUUUAACAAAAUUGUUCAUUCCAAUUCAGUAGAACCAAUGGAAUUAACAUCUACACCAAAAUUUCCGGACCCUAAGUCAUCAUCAGCUACUUUAAUCGAACGCCCAUCAAGUUACAAAGCUCUCAAAUUCAAUAAGGAUGCGAUAGGUGCCACGUACCCGGGUGGACACAGUAUGACCAUCCAAGAGAAGUGCCCAAACGGUGGUGAAGGCAUCGAUCUAGUGAUUAUAAUUACAUCGAGCCCAUCGAGCGUGAAAACCAGAACUGCAAUACGACAAACGUGGGGAUCUUUCGGAGGACGUGCAGAUGUGCGUGUGUUAUUUAUUCUUGGUGAAACUAAAGACACAGGUUUAGAAACACUACUUCAGAGGGAGGAAAAAUUAUACGGUGAUAUUAUAAGGGGUAAAUUCUACGACUCAUAUUUGAAUUUAACACUCAAGACAAUUUCAACAUUAGAGUGGUUCGACAGAUACUGUUCAGGGGGAAAAUUUCUGCUGAAAACUGAUGACGAUAUGUUUAUCAACGUACCACGUCUUAUAUCGUUUAUCGAAAAGCACAAGACAGACCGGAAUGUUAUAUUCGGUUUAAAACUAACUGAGCGGAAGCCGAUCAGAGAUAAGAACUCCAAAUGGUAUGUCUCUUGGGAAGAAUAUAAACCAACGGUCUAUCCUGACUAUGUGAUUGGAGCAGCUUAUCUCUUGUCAAACGACAUUAUCCAUGAGCUAUACGAGACUGCGUUGCAUCAAUCUCUUCUCAAUAUGGAGGAUGUCUUCAUUACGGGUGUUGUUGCGGGACAACUUGGAAUUGAACGAGUCCAUGCUGAUGAAUUUUGGAACCAGGCCAUUGAGUACACAACUUGUAAUAUACAACAAUACAUCAGUAUCCACGCGGUCAGCCCUGUCGACCAAUUUAAUCUCUGGCAAAAACUGUUCGAUGAUACGAGCAAGUGCUAAACCACGUAGAGAAAAUUGUUAUCGAGAGUAAUGUGUGCAUAUGCGGAGCCACGUGAAGGUUCUGAGAAAACUAAAUGAUCUCUAAAUGUCUCUUAACAGCAAUGACAAUUACAACGAACAGGAAAAAUGAACCCAACUCGAUUAGGUGAGUAACUUGAAGGAGCUGACCAGGCCGAAGCCGGCCCUCUCUGGGUUCAUACCAUCAACGCUCCCGUGACAAACCCUGGGUAAUGCUAAAUGCUAAUGACGCCCAACACAAUGCUUCACUAGACAUUUAUGUUAUGUGUAAUAAGUUAAUUUAUAGCAAACUUUCUGAUGCUUCCUCAUUAUUCAUCGAAUUCCUGUACUUGAUACCUUUCAUAACAGUUCGAAUGUUAUCGGAUUAGCCCAAUGAUUGAGACUAGGCCACAGAGUUUAGUUGUUUCAAAUAAAAAAAUCAUCCCUCCCAAAGACAUCCCCAA